AUGUAUUCAUUUUUUCACCAGACUCAAAAAAGACGAUUGUACUCUCAAUUACGGUUUAUCACCACCGCUACCCCAAAAGCACAGACACAUCCGGAUACUGAAUUGGAUUCCGCACUCAAAUAUUGUAUUGAUCUCGUUAGGCAGGAUAAUGAUUUAAUUUCUUAUCGCCAUAGCAUCGUCACCCUGAAACAUGAUUAUGAGAAUUAUCUUAUAUCAGCAUUCUAUCCCAAAGAAGUCAGGCCCGCUCAUGUCGCCAUACGAGCAUUCAAUUUAGAAAUCGCAAUGGUGAGAGAAAAUGUGAGUAAUGCUCAAAUUGGGAGCAUGAGAAUGCAGUUCUGGCGGGAGGCCAUCGAUGGUGUAUUCAAGGGUAAUCCGCCAAAACACCCAAUUGCUUUG